ACAACUACCGUACACUCCUAGCGAAUUUUGCUCAUAAUGGCCGAGGAAGCGGCUGAGGAAAUUAUUGCCCUAGAGGUACGAGAUGAUUGGGAGGCAACAACUCCGCAGACCGACCAAAAUGGCACAACUGGCAACAGUUUGUCUGCAGAGACCAAAGAGCAACCGUAUGUGCACAUCAUCCCUGAUGGAGGAUGGCGUGCAUGGGCAACAGUGGCUGGAAGCUUUCUGAUGAGCAUGUGUACUUUCGGCUAUAUCAAUGCGUACGGAGUAUAUCAAGCGUACUAUGUCCAAACGUUGCUUCCAUCCUACUCUCCGAGCGCAAUCUCUUGGAUCGGAUCACUACAAACCUGUCUUCUGUUCCUUUGUGGACUCGUUACCGGGCGUCUGUUUGACGCAGGCAAUUUCAGGCCAAUGAUGAUAGGCGGAGGCGUCCUCGUUGUUGGUUGCAUCUUUGCACUAAGUGCUGUGCAAGUGGAUGGAUAUUACCAGGUCUUCCUCUCGCAAGCUGUUGGUCAAGGCCUGGGACUGGGGAUCGUAUACCUGCCGUCUUUGGCUGUCCUCGGCCAACAUUUCCAGAAGCGCAGAAGCACGGCGAUGGGUAUCUCGGUCGCCGGCUCUUCUCUUGGAGGUAUAGUCUUCCCCAUUCUCCUGAAUAACGUCUUCCAAUCGCGCGGUUUCCAAUGGGGCGUGCGAGCCAUGGGAUUCUUCCAACUCGGAACGAUGAUCAUUGCCAACCUGUUGAUGUCAACGCAUUAUCACCCGCACCAAAAGGCGAUGAAACCGCCUAGCCCGUUGAAGCUGCUUCGAGAUGUGCCAUAUCUCGUUGCCAUGGUCGCGGCAUGGACUAUUGGCCUAGGGCUUUACUUCGUUUUCUUCUAUAUCCAGCUCUAUGCUGAAACCGUGGGCAUCUCAAGCACUGUCGCGUUCUACACCCUCGCGAUGAUCAAUGCUGCUUCCAUUUUUGGAAGGACGCUCCCCAACUUACUUGCUGACAAGUUCGGUCCCAUCACAGUCCUUAUCCCAUGCUCGGUGGUCACCGGAGCCAUCGUCUUCGCGGUACUGGGAAUCAAGAAUGUUGGCGGUUUAGUCAUCGUCUGUAUCCUAUAUGGCUUCUGGUCCGGUGCCUAUGUCUCUCUUGUUGGGCCAAUGUAUGCCUCCAUGGCGGACAGCCUCUCCGAGAUCGGUCUGCGCAUGGGCCUGGCGUUUGCGUUCCUUGGGUUUUCGGCGCUCAUCGGAACACCAAUCGACGGUGCCCUGCUAGGCGAUGGACCCGACUACACCUGGUGGAAAGCGAUCCUCUUCAGCGGAGUGACGAUGCUGUCUGGGUGCGCACUGCUUGUAGUGGCUUGGGUGUUAUUCAGGAAGAAGGUGAACAAGCAGUGGGUAUAAUGAGCGAUCGUUCCAGUGUGUCGACGGAACCACUGCCUGUGGUUCAUCAGCACAACACGCCACCCAGAUAUCAGAGAUAUACAGCGGUUUCUCGCGGGCCUACAUCAACUGUACUAAUCCCGACAAUCAUCCACUCAUAUUUUUUGCUAUUCGUUACAUUAA